GUAUAGGAACUGGUCUGUAUACAGGAUGAAAUGCUUCUCUAUGAGAUGAGUCCAUGAACAUCACAUCAUAUACUACAUCAUAUACUUGCUGUACUGGCAAUGUAAAGCAACAGUGGUAUCACAACAUGGGCUGAUAGGUAAGAUACAUUUACAACGGACUCAAACACCCCGGAUUUAUGUUCUUUUACCUUUAUAUCAAAAACAAUCAGACUCUCUUCAGGCUCCGCAACUCCAUUACCCCGCGGUGUAUACCUUGUUUGCCUAGGACAAGGACCAUUGACUCCUCUUCGUCAAUUGGAUACGUACGACAACUCGUCCAUCGUUCUAAUGAUACCACAGUUCUAGAAUCUUAACUUGCACUGACUGCAACAUUCAUCCUGGGCUACUAACAAACAUGAAAAGAAUCCUUAACCUUACAUAAACACGGAGAGCUUCGUGUAUCCACCCUUCAUUAGUGGGUCGAUCACAAUAUAUAUGGUAAUAUUCUUCCUCGCAGUCAAAGCCCUUCACAUGCACUUAAUAUAUGGCACUCUCCAGACCCAUACUCUAUUUCUCUAAUCCAAAAACUUACUUCGAUAAAAUUCACAAAUCUAUCAUGUCUGCUCCAGGUCCCCUAUUCAUCAUUGGUACCGGUCCCAUGAUCGGAUCUCACAUCCCCCGUCUAUUCGCAACCCACACCUACACAGCCGACGUAACAGACACACCAGGUCUAACAAACGCCCUCCAAAAAGCCCUGAAAGAAGUCGGGUCCCCCGAAGUAGUAAUCUACAACGCGGCCCGAGUCAGCUACGGAAAAUUCGGAGAAUACAACGAAGAAGAUAUUCUAGAAGAUUUCAAGAUUCCCAAUCUAGGACUAUAUACUACGGCUAAAAUAUUACUUCCAGCCUUGCAAGCAUUAGGAAAGAAAAAAGUAGAUUCGCAUCCUGCGCUUUUUGUUACGUCGUCUCCUAUUGUUUAUCAACCUUUUGCGCCUGUUUUUUCUUUGAGUAUGGCAAAGGCUGCGCAGGCGAACUUGGUUAGGGGGUUGAUUGAGCUGGUGAGGGAUGAGGUUCAUGUUGCGCUUGUGAUGGUUGGGGGGCCGGUUGGUGAAGAGGAACCUGUUAAUAAUCCGGAGUAUAUUGCUAGUAAAUUUUGGGAGUUGUGGGAACAGAAUAAGGGGGAGAGGGUUGGAGAGCUGUUAGUUCAGUAGCGUUUCAUGCCUAUGAAGGUGAUUUUGUUUGAAUGGAUGAGGUAAUUAAUACUUAGGGAAUGGAUGUGGAGCUAAGAUUAUAUGUUGAUAUAUAAAAUGCCGUUGAUUGUACGAAAAUUC